CCGGCUCCGGCUCUGCCUCGCUCCGGCAAUUUACCCCACGUCUGGGUUGGCUUGUUUUUUUUUUUUCCCCUCCUUCCUUCCUUUCUUCCUUCCUUCUUCCUGGAUUAGGCAGCGAUCAAUCCUUCUCCCCGUUGUCUGUUUGAGGAACAGGUGAUCCUCGUUGGAGGCGAUCGCUUUCUGGAUGCGGCUCCCUCGUCUGCGUGUGAAGAAGGAUGGUGAUACCAGGCGAGACUGAAUCAGCGUAACUUUUACUUGGCAAGAGGAAAAACUUUCUUCCCGGUUUGAAGGCGUUAAAAACACGUAGCGUUAAAAGCAGAAGAAGUUGGUUUUAAAGCUGAACUUCACUUUCCUGGGAUUUGUGUGUCAGAUUCAAAGGCUGCGUCGUUUUGUUUUUCUUUUUUUCCCUUCUCCCUUAUCUCCCAAAAGGAAACUGUUGCUAGUUGGCAUAGACUUUUUAAAUGUUUGGAAUUCAAGAUACUUUAGGAAGAGGACCAAUUCUGAAAGAUAAAUCUCUAGGUUCUGAGAUGGAUUCCGUCAGGUCCUGGGUCAGAAACGUUGGGGUUGUGGAUGCAAACGUAGCAGCACAAAGCGGAGUAGCUUUGUCCAGAGCCCACUUUGAAAAGCAGCCACCCUCCAACUUGAGGAAAUCCAAUUUCUUUCACUUUGUUCUGGCUCUCUACGACAGACAGGGGCAACCCGUGGAAAUAGAGAGGACAGCUUUUGUGGACUUUGUAGAAAAUGAUAAAGAGCAAGGCAACGAGAAGACGAACAACGGCACACACUACAAGCUCCAGCUCCUCUACAGCAACGGUGUCAGGACAGAACAGGAUCUCUAUGUGAGGCUCAUUGAUUCUGUCACCAAGCAGCCUAUAACUUACGAAGGCCAGAACAAGAACCCCGAGAUGUGCAGGGUGUUGCUCACCCACGAAGUCAUGUGCAGUCGGUGCUGUGAGAAGAAAAGUUGUGGCAACAGAAAUGAAACUCCAUCUGAUCCCGUGAUCAUUGACAGAUUCUUCCUAAAAUUUUUUCUCAAGUGCAAUCAGAAUUGCUUGAAAACAGCAGGAAACCCAAGAGAUAUGAGACGGUUCCAGGUGGUGCUAUCAACAACAGUGAACGUGGAUGGGCAUGUGCUGGCAGUGUCUGACAACAUGUUUGUGCACAACAACUCCAAGCACGGGCGGAGAGCAAGAAGACUCGACCCCUCGGAAGCCACGCCCUGCAUCAAAGCCAUCAGCCCAAGCGAGGGGUGGACCACGGGGGGAGCCAUGGUGAUCAUCAUCGGGGACAACUUCUUCGAUGGGCUGCAGGUGGUGUUUGGGACCAUGCUGGUGUGGAGUGAGCUGAUCACCCCUCACGCCAUCCGCGUCCAGACGCCUCCGCGGCACAUUCCCGGUGUGGUGGAGGUGACACUAUCCUACAAAUCCAAACAGUUCUGCAAAGGAGCACCAGGCAGGUUCAUUUACACAGCUUUAAAUGAACCUACCAUAGAUUAUGGCUUCCAAAGACUGCAGAAGGUCAUCCCAAGACAUCCCGGGGACCCUGAAAGAUUAGCUAAGGAAAUGCUGCUGAAAAGAGCCGCUGACCUGGUCGAGGCCCUGUACGGGACGCCCCACAACAACCAGGACCUGAUCCUGAAGCGCGCGGCCGACAUCGCCGAGGCGCUGUACAGCGUGCCGCGCAACCCCGCGCAGAUCCCCGCGCUGUCCAGCUCCCCCGCGCACAGCUCCAUGAUGGGCAUCAACUCCUACGGCAGCCAGCUGGGCGUCAGCAUCUCCGAGUCGGCGCAGGGCAACAACCAGGGUUACAUCCGUAACACCAGCAGCAUCUCCCCCCGGGGCUACUCGUCCAGUUCCACCCCGCAGCAGUCCAACUACAGCACCUCCAGCAACAGCAUGAACGGCUACAGCAACGUGCCCAUGUCCAACCUGGGCGUGCCCGGCUCCCCCGGCUUCAUCAACGGCUCCCCGACGGGAUCCCCCUACGGACUGAUGUCUUCAAGUCCAACAGUCGGCUCCUCCAGCACUUCUUCCAUCCUCCCGUUCUCCUCCUCGGUGUUCCCUGCUGUCAAACAGAAGAGUGCCUUUGCUCCUGUCAUCAGACCCCAAGGGUCCCCCUCCCCUGCCUGCUCCAGCGGCAACGGGAAUGGCUUCCGAGCCAUGACUGGUCUUGUCAUUCCCCCGAUGUAAGGAAGGGGCAGCUUUGCUGCUCUCCCUCCCUCUUCCCUUUUUUCCUCCUUUUUUUUUCAUUUUUCUUUUACAGCACAAAACUACUUAUUGUGAUGGACCACUAAAAAGAAAAAAAUAGCACUACAAGCUCUUUUUUGGGGAAAAGCCAGGCCCAGGAAAAAAAAGGAACAUUUUUUAUGGAUUGGACAAGACAGAAGUCUGCAUCAUUUACCUGUUUCAUAUUUCUGACACAACCACAUCAACUCCUCAAACAUUGGGAAUGAAGAAUCAGCAAGAGCCAGGAUGAACAAGACUUGGCAGAAUGGAAUUAGAAAUGCAAAGUCCUUCCUGGAAGACACGAAAACCUUCCUAAGAUUUGUAAAAUAUUCAAAGGAGAAAAAAAGAAAUUGGCAAAAUGAUUCAAGGUUGAUAUUUUGGAUACAAUUUGUUUUACUUUGUAGGGGUAAAAAAGUUGAAGUUUCUAUUUUCUAUGGAGCCUUUCAGAUAUCGAUUUAGUUUAUGCAGAAAAACAAUUCAACAAAACAGGGUACCAGCAUGAAAGAAUUUCUAGGACAAACUGACAUGAAUGAUGGAACUUUGGUGUAUGUGUGUAUUUGCUUAUAGUUUAACCUCUUUAAAAAAUGUAAGAUGUUUUACAAUUAUUUAAAUAAAUAAACUUGUAACUUAUUGUACGUAGAGGUAGAAAUUAAACCCUGUUUUGGAUUUUUUCCUCCAGUUGUACAAUGAAGACAGAUGAUGCAAAAAUGUAGUGAUAAGUUUGAGAUAUAUUAUUACUGCUGCAAUUGCUCCUCACUUUCCCCCCCUCUUACUGAAUUCAUGUGCAAGGAUGUAUAGGAUUCUUUCUGAUUAACAAAACCCUCAGAAACCUUUACCUACAUUGUGGUAAACAGCUCAUGUAGGAAUUUUUCACCCUCCUCAUCUUUCCCCCCUUUCCAUUUUUUGCUUCAAUUAAAAUAUUCAGGUACUAAGAUUAACUGCUAAGUCUCAAAGACCCAGCUGACGAGUGAGUGGCACUUAGGGAUUUGAGUGAAUCGGAUUUUUCAUGAGGUACUGAGUUUAUUUUAUAGAUUCAAUGUAUGAAUUAGGAGGGGAAGGGUUCUCUGGGGUUUUCCAUGUAGUUAGAACACCUUAAGUUCAGUUAUGCUUCAUAUAAAGGGUGCAUUUAAAAGGGUGAACAUGUAUUUGAAUGAUUUAUGCACUUUUAUCCUGAGUCAUUAAAAAUGGUAAGUAUUUGCCAGUUAUAUAUUGAAGUUCAUAGAGGUAAUAAAUUGCUUUGAAUUUUUCUGCAUUUUAGCCUAAAAAAAGAGUUUAAUUCUCCUUUGCAUCUCCUCUCCUGAAAUUGGAAGGUGAGGAAAAGUUUGAUAAAACAAAUAAUGAAUUAUUUCAGAGAACAUUCAAAAGAAUUUGGUUGUUGGAAAGCCAUUUUUAGUGGGGAAAAAAAUAAAAAUCAGCUACACUACAGAGACCCCUCUAAAAUCCACACAAUUAAUGGCUGCAUGGACAGUUGCUCCUACAGAAACAUCUUGAUUUUAAUCAAUAAACCCUAAAUAAGGCCCCAGGAUCUGAACUUCUCCAUUUGCCCAGUAGUUUUAUGGAUGGGUAAGGAAAAGUGUGUUCUUGGUGAUCUUUAGGGAUGGUAGAAGUUGAGCUGGGCUCGAGAUGGUGAAACUGGCCCAACUCACAUGGCUGAGCUCUCUUGGAGCUGUUGUGGAGCUAACUGGGGUUAGGAAGAGCCCAAACUCCUCUCUGCAGCUGCACAGCUGGAUGGCGACGGGAGGCUGACGGGGGUGACCUGAGGGACCCUCACCUGAAGGACAGGGCUUGGGCACAGGGCAGCCUGUGCAGGGCAUGGAACCAGAAAAUCCUGGAACGGUGGCGUUGGAAGGGACCUUAAAGCCCAUCCAGUGCCACCCCCUGCCAGGGGCAGGGACACCUCCCCUGCCCCAGGCUGCUCCAAGCCCCAGCCUGGCCUUGGGCACUGCCAGGGAUUGAACAAAGCUUCCAAGGAUGGGACCAGCUCCUCCAAGUUCCCUUUCCUGGGGCAGUGCACAGCUCAGUUUAUGGGAUAAAACCAUCCACUGCACGUGGAGUUCUGAAGGAGAUCUCAGAGGGACUGGAGACACCAACUGGGCUGCUCUGGCCAUUCCUAAAGGAAGUCCCACUUCUUGGGAAGGAGUGUUGUGCUCCUGACUGUGCUGUGAGGUUUGGCAGGGUCGUCAUUUGGUGCCUUCUCAAUGCCAUUGAGUCCCAUUUUAAAAAGGUGGAGGAGGGUAAAUCUCUUCUAAAACUCAAGGCCCAACUUUUAUCAGCAAAAACGACAAUUUAAAGAGAGAUUUGGUGGGAAUAAUGUGGGUUUAAGAAACAUGGAUAUAAUUAGUAUUUCACAGUCAGGCUACUGAAAUUGUCUGAGUUCCACAAAAAAUGAAUUAAAAUAAAUCUCUGUUAGUUAUGGCUGCAGGUUGAUUGUCCUCACGGAUUCUCUGCAUGCCCCUCAUGCCACCAAGGAUGUGGCAGCCACUGGAGGUCAACCAGCAUCCCUGGAACCAAGUGAGCUCUGAAAUAUCAAAGGAUUAUAGAUGUUAAAAAGUCUGGAGUUGUCAGUGUAUCUCUGAAAACACAACAGGGUGCAGGGUCUGACCUGGAUGUUCCAAACAGCAAAACAGCAACAACAAAACCCCCAAAAUAUUUCAUAUAUUCAUAGGUACUGAUAUCCCAGCAGGGCUAAGUAGGAAGUCCAAAUUCAUGUUUGGAAUUAUGCAUUUAUCCAGGGAUAAAAAUGGAUUAAGGACUGGAAGAGCUGGGAUCAAAACUUCCAUAAUUUUCAGUUAAAACACAUUGAGUCCUAAUUCCAAAAAUUACCUUGGUGGACCGGGUUCAUUCUAUCAAAUCCCUUCCUCCAUUCCCACCUACUAAAACCCCCAAACAGCUCAGAAGCAUGAAGAUGGUGAAUAUUCCCCCUGCCCUUCUCUGUACAGGCUACUUCUAAAACUGAUCCUCAAACAGACUCAUUAUUCUGUCUGGCAAAUAUUCCAGAUCAAUAGGAAUUUCUAGACCACCUGCUGGAGAGUAGCAGUUUGCUACCUUAAAUCCUGCUCUUUUUUCUUAGCAAAUGGGAUUUUCAUUACAAAAUCUCAGUCAGGAAAGUUUCCAAUUGAAAAAAAAAAAAAAAAAAGGAGAUAUUUCAUGGGAAAAGCUGGGUUUUGUCCAUCCUUCUGUUUUAUUUUUGCUUAGUCAGCACAGGUACAUGAAAGAAAUAUCUACCACAUCACUGAAAUCUUGGGAAGGUUCAGGGGUAAAAAUGACAGUCUGGCAAAUAAAAAAAAUAAAAAUAAUUUUAAAAAAAGGAAACUUUCUGGAACACUGAACAUUCCCUUCACCCUUCAGUUAUUUUUACUAGUUCUGUCCAGUUGCCCAGUUGCCAUGAGUCCAAGUGAAAAAGAGAAACCUCCCUGAAAAGCUGCUCCAAGCAUUUGCAGAAGAGGAAUUGCCUGUGUUGAUGCAAAUAUGAAAAAUCUGGUUUGCUUUGAGCAAAAAAAGAAAAACCAAAAAAAACCCAACAAAUUAAACCUAGGAAUUAUUUAGAACAUGGAUUUUGCUCAUGCAGGAAAAUCAUGGUACUAGAGAUGAGUGUAGAAUUAAAUGAGGUUUAUAGAGAAAAACACCUUUAAAUAAACACAAUCAGAAAUCCUUGGCCAUGAAAAAGAAGCUUGGCAGUGGCAAAACACUCAACAAAAAGGGCAAAGAUGAUUCCAGAAUUGAUGUGUAAGAAUUUUUUCACUGUAACAAGCAAAGCUGUCCUCUUUGAGUAGUUGCUGUUGACAAUUCCCUGAGAGUUUUCCUCUUUGCCACUGGGAAGAUGAAAGUGUUGCAACAGGUAAUGACAAAUUUCAUCAUAACUUUGGCAGAGCUGGUUUGAUCUCCUAAUUUAUCUUGGUAGAGCAUCUUCCUCUCCCUCUUUCUUUGCACACUUCCAAUAUGCAUGGUUUCUUCAAACCCUUCCUCCCUCCUGUAAUUUAAGGCCUCAUUUCUCCCUCCUGUAUAGUUUUGGGGUUUGUUUGGGGUUGGCUGGUUGUUUUUUUGGGUUGUUUUUGGGUUUGUUUUUUUUUUUUUUUUGCUUUGUCAGUUAUAUACAGUAUGAAGUUGCUAUGCACAGAGCUUUUGUAAAGAUAGCUUUUUGGUUUUUUUGUUUACUGUUUUUAAUGGUCCUACUUAUGGAAGAAUAUCUUGUUUGUAAAAUGAGUAUGUCUACUUCAGUUUUAAACUUUAAAUUAUCCUAACAAAAAAAAAUAAAAUUUUUGUACUGUAAA